GGCGUUUUGUUUUGACUUGCAACAAAUUUAACUUAAAUGUUUUAAACGCUAUCAUACGAUAUCAGGUCGCAGAGAAGUAGCAUCAAAACAAGAAUGGCGAAGCACGUGGUUUUUUCUUCAGGAGCAAAGUUGUGGAGAUCUUUGGCUUGUGCAAAGUCAGAACUAUGCCUGGAUCUCACCCUUGCCUGUGGACAAUCUUUCCGGUGGAGAGAAACUGCAGAAGGACACUGGACAGGAGUGAUGGGAGGGAGAGUGUGGACUCUGACUCAAACAGAUGACACUCUUUGGUACUACCUGUACACAAACCAUGACAGUCGGAGUGGAGGUGACAAGAAGCUGAGAGGUGGUGUAUCUCUUCAGGACAACAGAGCUGAGAGAACAUCUAAAGAUACUCAGAGGAAGGAUGAAGAGGAGCCACAGGCUGUUAGUGACCAACAGGGCAGUGAGAUGGAGGCAGAGAUGAUGCUGAGGAACUACUUUCAGCUACAUGUGAAGCUGGAGGAUCUGUACAGGGAGUGGGGAGCAGCAGAUCCCCACUUCAAGAAGAUUGCAGACAUUUUCACCGGUGUGCGAAUUCUGCGCCAGAACCCCACCGAGUGCCUGUUUUCCUUCAUUUGCACCUCCAACAACCACAUUUCUCGUAUUCAAGGAAUGGUGGAGAGGUUGUGUCAGGCUCUGGGCGCUCCACUCUGCCGGCUGGAUCAAACCUCCUACUAUGAUUUUCCUGCCCUCUCUGCACUAGCAGACAGCAGUGUAGAGGCAUGCCUCAGGGAUCUUGGCUUUGGUUACAGAGCUCGGUUCCUUCAGAAGAGUGCAAAGCAGAUUCUGGACACUCACGGGCUCCAGUGGCUUGAAGGUUUACGCAGACUCUCAUAUCUGGAGGCCCGUGAUGCUCUUCGGACUCUCCCUGGCGUGGGCACUAAGGUGGCAGACUGUGUCUGUUUGAUGUGUCUGGAUAAGCCAGAUGCUGUACCUGUGGAUACACACGUGUGGCAGAUUGCUCAGCGGGACUAUAAGUAUGCUGCUGAUAAAGGACAAAAGAGCCUUACAGAAAAGCUUCACAGAGAUAUUGGAGAUUUCUUUAGAAAACUUUGGGGCCCAUAUGCUGGCUGGGCACAUUCAGUGUUGUUCUGCGCUGACCUCAAGAAGUUCCAGAGCCUCAAAGAAGGAGCAUGUUUUAAUCAGCUGAAGAAAGAGAACGAAAAGGAGGAAAAGCCCAGGAAAAAUACAAUAAAGAGAGAACUUGAAGGACACGGACUAAACAUUAAGUCAGAAUAUCAGAAAAAGGCAAAAGUUUGUGUCAAGGAAGAGAGGAUGCUGUAAAAUAAACAAGCUUCAGAUCACGCCACACUUUUUGCUAAUUUACCUCUAUCUGAAAAUACAAUGAAAUC